UUGAAAAGUCUUUAUUUCUCCAGUUGUUUUCUGGGCUUGGAUUUUCUUUUAGACGCAGUUUGUUAGGGCCGAAGCCCAGUCCCCAAUUAUUUUCCUUCUGGACAUGCCUUGUUCACACAGAGGACUUGGCUUCCCUUCAGAAACGUUUGACCCGUUAAGAUUUGUGUGUGUGCUGUGGAGAGUUCUGCAUGAAAUGAAGCAUUCGGCAUGAGUCUGAGCUCUUUGCAGUGUUCUGAUCAACUCUGAGAUGCAUUUAAACUGCAGUAUUUAGCACACGUGGGGCUAUCGACUAUGAGCUACGCCUGUCACCUGAGCUGAAAGCUCCAUCACGGGUCAGCUAUUAACAGCUGGUAGAGGGUGCCCACUCCACCCAAACCAAUGAUCACCCAGAGCUGCCAUUUUCUACUUUAAAAUGAGGACCCAGGGGAGGUUUAUAAACAAAACCAAACCCCUCAACUCUCCCAUUUCACACGGAGAUGAUACUGCAGGUUUAAAUGUCUUACAUGGUCAUUCAGUGGUGUAAUGAGUGAGCGGUUCCUGGAAGCAUCUGCUGCUGUAUCCUUUGAUCAGGGACUAGCAACAACAUAUUCUUAGCAAAGUUCUCUCUCCAGCAGAGCGUGCGCGAUGCAAACAGGCGCUCUCCUCCAGCCUCAUUGCCUCACUCCAUUGGCUUUGUAUCGUCUGCCUUUGUCUACACUCUCCUGCCCUCUCCUUGCGUUCAGUAUUUCCAGCCUGCCCAUUGCCAUUACACCACUAAGGACAUGUAAAGUCUAGAGCGUGUGCAGAGAAAGGACAAUGUGGAGCUCUGUCCUGAGGGAGAUGUUUUUUCCCCCCUGCCUUAGCUUGGGACCGGGAGUUACUACAAUCACGAAGGCUGGAGGUAUUCCCAUGCACACAAUGGCAUUCUGGGACCCUUCGGGCAGCUGAUGACUGAGGAGGACAUAAUCCGCAUUGAGAAGCAAAUCGAGAGCCUCCAAGUGAUGCACAAAGUUCAGAAGGUGGAGACGGAGCUGGAACAGCUAGAGCAUGAAAUGCAGCAGCUCCUGCCGCUCUCUGCCGCCUUGGCAAAGGAGCAUUUCACGGCAAACCCCAAGCGCAUGCAAGGCCGAGCCGAUGAUCUCCCGGCCUGGUGCAGCAAGAUCUCCACUCUCCUAAAGAGCAUGGCCAUCCUCCUGGCUAUGCUUGGGGGCAAGGCGGUCAACCUGGCAGACAUGGUGAGCCCUGACAUGUCCGAGCACACGGGCCAGGCCGCGAGCACCUCGCCCGAGGCAGCACCACUAAAAGAGGGCCCUGCUAACAUCGGGAGAUCACAGUCCUUCAGCUCCACUCGGGAGGAGGUGGAGAAGGAGAUCAUGCAAUGUGGUGUGUCGGUGAAGAACCUGAAGGCCAAUUAUGAGUUGCACACGCUGUGCCGGCUGCCGGAGGCUGUGUCCAGCAGGGUGUACAAGCGGAAGAGGUCCCUGCCUGUGGGAACCAUGCCAUAUAGCUACGGCCGAGAGCCCAUCCUGGAGGAGGAUUACAUAACGAGCGGUGAUCUGUUCAGUGCGCUAAGCGAAGAUGCUGCAGCGGAUGGCAUUGAGCCACCCAGUAUGCUAGAGCACGCUCCCUUGCCCUACUGCGAAGCAGGGCCCCGGCCCUCCAGGGAUACAGAGGCACAGAGUGCGGCCACGGAGCCUUUCGGGGAGGCCCUGUUCAGCUCCGACCACCUGACCAGAAGCCUCCCCGUGCAGACGGAGCUGAGCUGCGUGCAGGAUUACAUCGACAUGCGGAAGGAGCGGAUCGUCUACCUCUUCCUGGAGCACUGGAAGAAGUGGACGUUCACCGAGUCGGUUAGCCACGCUCGCCCCAAGAGGAAAAUGGGUCUCGCCGAAACGCUCGACUCAGAGUUCAGCAAGGAGCCCAAGGCACAUAGCAGCGCCCCAGUCCCCAUGGCGACCGGGAAGAAACCCAGCGAGGAUGACCGGCUCUUGUACUUCAUGAAGCAAAGGCAGGUGGUGGGGAAGCUGAUCGCCCACUGGAGAAACAUCAUCAGCCAGGUCCCGACGCGGCAGAUCCGCCGUCUGAGCCGCACCAACAUGUUGUACUGGCCCGAGCACUUCCUGCCGCACGUCUGUGGCUCCCCAGUGGAGUACGACAGCCUGACGCUGGACCUCUUCAUGCUGGGCUACUUCCAGCUCCUGGAGAUGAGCAUGAGCCGCGAGGAGAGGAAGUUCCGGCACCUUCUGUGCUACGAGAUGUUUGACCGGCUGGGCAGCCACAGCUGGGAGCUCAUCCGCCAGUUCCACAAGGUGGUGAUGGAGGAGAUCGAGGCCGGGAAGCGGGACUGGCUGGAUGGCUUUGAAGAUCUCAAACAGGAGUUCUUUGGGGACAGCCUGGAGCCGGAGCAAGCGGCCGCAGUGGAAACAGAGGUCCCAGCAGGAACCCAGCCUCCACAGCUGGUCCAUCAGGAAUCCUGCCAGAGCUUAGUCAGUGAUGUCCCACAGCCCGCUCCAGCGCCCGAUGAACUGGGCCUAGCCCCUGCUCCUAAGAGUAGGGAGAGCUCCAUCCAGCUGGUCUCCGAGCUAGGCGAGUUCAGUAAUGAGGACAUUUGUCGCUAUAUAGACCGUAGCUUCUCCUUCUGGAAAGAGAAGGAGGCAGAGAUGUUUGAUAUCUGAGCUCUCCCCAAGCAGUGCCCAGCACACGCUGUGUUAGAAGCAGGCAGGGGCAUCCACACCCUCGCCCCACACGGCUCACAAGUCGCAGGGAAAGGCGAGCGGAUCCUCUUUGAGGCGGGAUGUUGGUCCAUCUCAUAGAGGGAAUUGCUGGCUGAGAAACAGCUCCAGGGACAGCAGGGGACAAUCAAACGUGCGCCGGCACCAGAGCAUUUGACAAGAGCUGCUUUGGCUCAGUUAAUUACUUGAGGGACCCGUUGUAUUUCCAAGAUGAACUGAGCUCCAACAGCUGUCUGAGCCCAAGACAAACCUUUGGGGAGAGCCCUGUAAUCAUUUUAUCUGAUGCCUAGGUGAAGAGCUAUACGACAGACAAAAGAAGCACAUAUUCCCCGGCUGCACCCAGUACAGGAUUCUACUGUGCAGACUAGGGACUCUGAAUAGAAACAAUGUAGUGUUCAUGUUAGUCAGAGGGGCCCCAAUCCUGCAAUCAUUAUUCAGGCAGGACUCCCAUGGGCUUCAGCACUCCAGUGACCUCAAUGGCAGUUUGGUUUGCAUAAGGACGGCAGGAUUAGUCCCAGAGUCUGCGGUGUUUUGUUGAAUCCUGAAUUCCCUACAUGGACAGUCUCAACAAAGUCCUCUUCUUUCUCAAGUAAAGCUUCUUGUAUAGCCGAUGCUCCCUGCUGGCUGAACUGACCAGGGUGCGGCUGUAACCAUGUGUCACAUGAAGUUGUGGCUGGUUGCGGUUUCCUGUAGGAGGUGGUCCAUGGAUUUUCCUCUCGAGCAGUGUGUACAUUUGCUGUAGUCCUGCAUUAGCUGGAGGAAGAGCUAAUCCCUGACAAAUGUACAGUGACACAAGCUGUCUCCAGUUUUCUGCAUUUUACAGACACUUCUUUAGCUAAAUGUUUCCUGUAGCUGGGGAGCCAGUGAUUUGGGAGUAGGAACUGGUAUGAGCAGCUCCAUCCUUCCUCUGGUGAGGUGGAGGAACAUGCCACAGUUGCCCUGGGUCCAUAGUGAGCACAGCUGAGUGCUGUACUAAUUGGUCUCACAGUGCAUGGUUCUGCAACCAGAUUAGCAAAUCCGUAGCAUGUUCCAGCCGUGUGGCGAAUUCCCUUUGAUGCUGUGUGCUUUCAAACUACAGACCACUGGGCCCACGCUGUUCUUUGAGGAUUCCCAAGUCUGUUGCUUGCCUUAGUGGAAUGUGCAUGGCUUGGAAUGGAGAUAGGACCAGAGUGUUUAUUGUAUAGACAUUUGGAAAUGAGUUUUGCUUUACAAUGGGGGGAGGGUGUGUGUGUGCACACUUUGCAUCUUCCCUAACACUGCUUGUGACGAUGAAGGAAUAAAGCUCUCUGCUCUCAGAAGGGAGUGUCAAGGCUGUUUCCGUGGGAUUUGGUGCCCUCGACACCUUGCUCUGGGGCACUGGCUGUUCCAAGCCCAGUGUCCUGCAAACACCCAAGGAAUAGGGCCAGUAAGCUCUUACCAGAUGCAUAUUUGACCUGGUGAAUGUGGCCUGAAGCCCAGCGCCCAGCCUGGCUCCUGCAGCAUCAAAACAGUCAACUUUAAAGAAGGAAAAAGGUGGGGGGUGUAGCUGUGCCAAGCCCGCACCCCUGCCCUUUCCCAGCAGCUGGAAAGCCCUGCCGGACGGCCUCACGUCUGCUAACUGGGUGUUGGAGCUCCUGCCCAGGGAGUAGCCCUGAGGGUUCACACUUCCAUGGGCCUGUAAUCAAGCUAGACAGCAGGGAGGAGAGAUCCAAGCAUGGUGUGUGGGGAAACUUCCAUCUGGCAUCGCCCCGUGGGCCCAAUCCUGCUGCCAGUGAUUUUGGUGGUGGCAGGGUUGGGCCCCGUCUCAUGGAGACACACAUGAAAUCAGAACCAGCCUGAAUGCUGCCCCCAGCUCUGAGCGUGCACAUUUCACAGCCUGAUCUAUUGCCAAGCCUGGUUCCAAAACCCGUUGUGACAUGAGAGGGUCUGUUCUCCCAGCAUCCCCAGCACAAGCCAGGAAUUACCUACAUGCUCGCUCCCAUGGGACGCGCCGACCAAGAGGGGCUGACAGACUCUCAGGGGCUUAGCUAGCCCGUGUGAGUCGCUCUCCGUAACCAAACCAGCCGUUAGACGGCAACAGAGCCAUGCUACUGCGGGUCCCGCCAGGUCACAGCCCCAACACUACCCGGGAAGCAGGGGCUAGUGCAGGCCAGAGCUCACGGCCUCUUCUCCCACGGCUGCACAUGAAAGCAGAGGCACGCGGUGGCGAGGGACGGGUCCUGCGUGCAUCUCUUUACAAAGCUAGAGAACCGGCUCCUCAGAAACCAUCAAGCAACCUGGGAAAGGGAGUUACGGGAAGGUUUGCUCACGCCACAGGUGCUGCCUCUGCUGUGUGGCGCUGUUGAUUAAUCAGGACACGUAACCUAACCUGGACGUCCCACGUGGCGUUAGUGCUGCCCAAGAGCUCUGGGGUAGCCUGCGUUGCUGUCAGACUGUCCCAGAGCCGUUGGUCGAGCCGUCUGCUGUAGUCAAAUGUGCCUGGUCCCACACCAGACCUGAUUCGUUCUUUCAGUCUUAGGGGAGUGGUUGGCUUGGGGGAUCAGUGAUCGGCUGCAGGAAUAUAGGCCUCUGCCCCCCACACUAGGUCCCAUCUGGUCGCGCUUGGCUGAAGACUGAGGUGUAAGGGCCAGGAUCCCAUCCUGUGGAGUUACUCUGCGAUCACACUGCUGGGAUGGAGAGCAGGCCUGGCCCAUCCCGUUCAAAUCUAGCUCUGGAAGUAAAGGCUGAGAGACGGUCCUGUUGGCUGUCGCUUUGGUGGCCCGGGGGAGGCUGGUGUUUUUAAUCCCAUUCCCUCAUCAAACACUAAAAUAGCAUCCCCUGGGCUAGCACUAACGGGCAAAGCCACCAACUGCCCAGAGGGAGGAUGCUGAACUAACCUCUCCCCUCUCGAAGGGGCUCUCCAGGGCAGGGUGCGGCAAAGUGCUGGGGACAGCACAGGGGACCUUGCACUGGCUACAGUUUGGUCAUGGCCAUGCGUGAGCUCCCUGCCAAGCAGUGCUGAGAUCAGCCAUCAGCUGGCCUGCAGCAGUCUUCCACCGCUCUUCCUCUGGCCUCUGGCUCGCGUUCACUGAGUCACACAACCUGUCCCCUGCCGUGGUCCUGAGAGAUGCCCCCGGCUGUGCCUGAGAACUGUCCUAGCAAGCUGGACGGAGGGGCUGCGGACACACAGCUCAUGCAGCAAUGGAGAGCAGGCGGGGAACGCUGGCGGGAUUAUUUGCGAAAAGGCCCAUGUGGCGUUGCCAGCCCGCAGAGCCCGGUGUGUAGCUAGCCAGAAGCAGGGCAUGCGUCUGCCCCUCCAUGCGGUGCCAUUUCUACUUUGCUCUUAGGCAGGCCCUAGGCAGGGCGGUGCCAGUACAAACAACUCUCCAGCUCCUUCUAGGCAGCAACCUCUGGUGGCCACGGCGCCCAUGCCCCGCUCAGCGCGAAGUCUCCUUCAGCACAAGUGGAGCAUUGAGCUCCUGCCCCUUGUAUAACGGCCCUGCUAAGCUCUGGCCAGCCCAGGGUACCAGGAGCUACCCAAGUGUCCCUCCUCGCCAGCCAAGCCGCUCAGCUGAGGAGUGUUCUGCUGACUUUUGGCCAGGUGGGGGUGCGCGUGUUAGCAGGGCCUGGCCCCCCCACAGCUGUCUGACUCUAGCCACAGCCACUCCCUGCUCAGGGCCUGCUGCGUCGGGGCAACGGCGGUGCCGUGCUCUCCAUUGCACACCCUCCUUUCUGGGGGGCAACGGGCCGUUCUUUGUACCUUCCAUGUGUCCUCAGGGUUCUCCCCUGCCCUUGGCAACGGUGGCACCUCUGCCUUUCCCUGUAGCCUCUUGGGUCAAAACUCCCCCAGAUGCCACAUGGCCACCUGAGAGCCACGGAAUUCCCCCUCCCCCUUUGGCAGCCCUGCCCGAUCGACCGGCCGUCUCCCCUCUUCGCUGCUUGGGCUGGUCCAGCUCCAUAGGGCUGGCCUAGGUGAGACGCGUCCUCCAGCCUAGCUCUCUUGUUCCUGCUGCCCUCCCUCCAGCUCUGCAGGGGCUCACGGGCCUCCC